AUGUUAUCAGGAAGAGAUAACCAAGGCACAGAGUUUUUGCUUGGUUUUAUGGACAACAGAGUUUCAGGAAGUUCAAGUAAUGACCUUGAACUCUUUGUUACCACAAGCUCUAACACAGCAGUAGAUGUAACGGUAACAGCCCCAUUAUUUUCACCUGGAAGUACACUUGCGUCUACAACUGUCAGUCGUGGGAAUAUUGAAAAGAUAACCAUAACGAUGUCCCUUCGUGGACUUGAUGUAGAACUAGGGAAUAAAGGUGUCUUGAUCGAAGCAACACAAGAAAUCACGGUAUUCGCUGUAAACAAAGAGUUAUAUUCCACGGAUGGAUUCGUAGGAUUUCCGACCGACACAUUAGGAACAGAAUAUAUAUUGAUCACAUGGUCCACUGACGGACAGUUUAUUGUUGUUGGCGUAACAGAUGGAACCACUGUAACUAUUACACUUCCGACAUUUGUGUCUUCUACCUUAUCCGUUACAUACAACGGAAAUACAUAUACCAAUGGUCAAUCAUUCACCGUUAUUCUUGAUCGCUACCAAACAUUUCAUUGCUAUCAAAGCGAUGGUGACUUCACAGGAACAAGGAUCGAAGCGACUCACCCAGUAUCGGUUUUCAGCGGAGCUAGAAAGGUAGCAGUAAAAGAUACCAUGACGGGUACCAGUUCUGAUCAUCUUGUAGAACAGAUAAUGUCAGUGGACACUUGGGGCAAAGACUUCUUCACCAUAAGUACACCAGAUAGAACUAUAGGUGAUUACUUCAGAAUAGUGGCAAGUGAAGAUUCCACUACUGUUUCAUUGGCCGGUUCAACACAUGGGACCAUAAAUGCAUAUGAAUACAUUGAACUGAAUGUCGACACAGGGGAUUAUAAAACCAUUACAUCUGAUAAAGCAGUUAUGAUUGUUAUGUUCGGAAAAACCGUUAGUUCCCAGAAUGGAGAUGCACCAAAUGGCGGUGAUCCACAGAUGACGGUAAUACCACCUCUUCCCCAAUUUCCGUCAGACUAUACCUUUAGCACUGUUGAAACACCAUCCGGUGAUUUUACAAAUUACGCCCUGGUUGUUAUAGAUACAUCAAAAACUUCCGAUUUAAUGGUUGACAAUGUUGCUGCAAGCGCUUCAUGGGCGUCAAUUGCCGGAUCAGCCACUUUGGUCACUGCAACGUUUGAUAUUAGUCCCGGAUCACACUCAGUCUUCAACAACGAUCCUGCUGCAACUUUUAUGGCAAUAGCAUUCGGCAAUGCUCAGACUAAUUCAUAUGCUUAUGCAUGUGGUUUUCGAUUAGCACAAAUCAAUGCACCAUGUUCAAGCACAUCAACAGUAGCCGGUGACAUCUUGGAUAACGACUGUGAUGGAUGGAUUGAUGAAGAAACCGACAACGGAAUAGACGAUGACGGUGAUGGAUUGAUAGAUGAAGAUUUAGCUACUGCUCCACGAGUUGAUGGAAACUGGGCAGAUUGGGCUAAUUGGGGCGCAUGCUCCGUAACUUGCGAUUCUGGACCCGGAACACAGUCCAGAACAAGAACAUGUACAGACCCUGCUCCUGCAAACAAUGGAUUGGAUUGUACUGGUGAUACGACUGAGACACAGUCCUGUUCAACUGUCACGCCAUGCCCAAUUGAUGGAAACUGGGGAUCAUGGGGCGUAUGGACUGACUGUAUGGUGUCCUGUGGGACUGGUGAAAUCAACAGAACACGCGAGUGUGACAAUCCAGCUGCUCAAUAUGGUGGAGAAAACUGUACAGGUACUGCUGUAGAAACUGACAGCUGCUGGAAUGGAACUUGUUAUCCGUCAGUUAUAGGAAAUAUUGAUAGAAAUUGUUCUUGGACAUGGUUUGGAUGUAAAGAUGGGUCCAUAACAUGUAUAGAUUUCUCCUUCCGAUGUGAUGGAACCGAGGACUGCGAUGAUGGUAGUGAUGAGUCAGCAGAUAUUGCAGGAUGUCCAACAGAGUGUAACGGAGCAGGUACCAUGUCAGUAUCCAGUAUUUUGAUUGGUACGAUAAUCUGCUUCCUUUAUGUGACAAUAAUGGGACAUUUUUAACUUUUUAACCUUUGAAUGCAACUUGAACUAUUUAAGUUGGUUAGUUGAAAUGUAUGUUGUUGAUUUGUAUUUAUUUUGUUAAAUGUUAUUUUUUUUUACUCUUUAUUUAUGUUCCGGACCAUAUGAAUAUUUGGACCAUACGCGUAUGGUCGGACCAUAUGAGUAUUAUACUCUUUUGGUUAUUAACGGUCCGAACUAUAUGAGUAUUUAGACCAUAUAGAUAUUUUUCGAAUAAAUUCUUAUUUCCUCCACAGGAACACAUAGUUCAUUCUCCGAACCCAAAACGGCACAAGUUUCUAACUGAUAUCCUCUAUCUUUUACAUAUUGUCUGAAUCUUACUGUAUAUGUUGUAAUGCCAGCGCUAUAGUCCAUUCAAAGCGCUUUUAUCCUGUCGACUUUUCCGCCCGUAAGUGAAACCACAGGCGUUUGGGGCAUGGGCUAUUUUUUUCUUUUUUCGUAAUGUUUAAAGCAUUAUUUCAGAAACAAAAUUUAUUCUAAUUUCUACUUAUUUUCAUUUGAUUGAUGUUUUCUUGCUCCCAUUCAUACGAUCGUACUGUUAUUGUAAGAUCGUAUUUAAAGGAGCAAGAACACAUUAACUAACUAAGAUUAAUUCUAGAUUUUAAAGAAAUUUUAGUUCAAUAGAACAAAUUUAAACACCAAAAGAAAAUUAAAAAAAAAGAAAAGAAAGAGGGUUCAAUGGCCAAAGUUCAUGUGAGCUAAACAAUUGACUUCUUGUUUAACAGUUCAUUUAACUAUUUUUUGAAGUUUCGUAAGGACAAAUUAUUAAUUUCGACGUAAAAUGAUUAUACUGUGAGUAAAAUUCACUAUAUUUCAGUAAUCAUGUUACAAUGAAUACGGCCAUAUCAUUGAAUCAAUCAAAAUCUCUAAAUAUAUACCUUUUCAAUGUUCAUCGCGUUAAUAACCGGACCAUACGCGUAUGGUCGGACCAUAUGAGUACAUACGCGUAUGGUCCAAAUACUCAUAUGGUCCGGAACAUUUAUGUAAUAAACUCAACCAUUUAUAGUUAGUAUCACUAUAUUAAAUUGUUUCUUUUUGCA